AUGACAGCUGCAACUACUACACUGAUCUCUGAUAAUGCGACAACUACAACUACCACGACAACGACGACAGAUGUAACCACUGCUCCUGUUCUGAUCUCGUCAACACCUUCAACUACUACAAUCACUGCAACUACUACAGUGACACCUGCAACUGCGACAACUGAUGUUCCUACUUCAGCUUCAACGACUGCGACGACAGCUACUACGCUAACGAACCCAACUACUACGACUUUGACACCUGCUACAACGACAGCUGCUUCUACUGCGACGACAGCUGCGACGGUUACUAUGACAGCUGCAACUACUACAGUGAUCUCUGAUAAUGCGACAACUACAACUACCACGACAACGACGACAGAUGUAACCACUGCUCCUGCACUGAUCUCGUCGACAACCACAACUACUACGAUCGCUGCAACUACUACAGUGACACCUGCAACUGCGACAACUGUUCCUGCGACAGCUUCAACGACUGCGACGACAGCUACUACGCCAACGAACCCAGCUACUACGACUUUGACACCUGCUACCACGACAACUGCUUCUACUGCGACGACAGCUGCAACUACUACAGUGAUCUCUGAUAAUGCGACAACUACAACUACCACGACAACGACCACAGAUGUAACCACAGCUCCUGCACUGAUCUCGUCGACAACCCCAACUACUACGAUCGCUGCAACUACUACAGUAACACCUGCAACUGCGACAACUGUUCCUGCGACAGCUUCAACGACUGCGACGACAGCUACUACGCCAACGAACCCAGCUACUACGACUUUGACACCUGCUACCACGACAACUGCUUCUACUGCGACGACAGCUGCAACUACUACAGUGAUCUCUGAUAAUGCGACAACUACAACUACCACGACAACGACCACAGAUGUAACCACAGCUCCUGCACUGAUCUCGUCGACAACCCCAACUACUACGAUCGCUGCAACUACUACAGUGACACCUGCAACUGCGACAACUGUUGUUCCUGCGACAGCUUCAACGACUGCGGCGACAGCUACUACGCCAACGAACCCAACUACUACGACUUUGACACCUGCUACCACGACAACUGCUUCUACUGCGACGACAGCUGCAACUACUACAGUGAUCUCUGAUAAUGCUACAACUACAACUACCACGACAACGACCACAGAUGUAAGCACUGCUCCUGCACUGAUCUCACUGUGGGUGGAAUCUGUCGUACAAUUCUCCUCUCAAUACAGGGCCACCCGCUGGAGUGCCCAGAAAAUAGUAGGACCUCCGGAUGUAUACCCCGCCUAUGGCGACAACCCCAACGCAUGGGCAUCAGCUGAGUGGACCGGUAUUGAGUGGAUAGAGGUUCAGAUCUCCCAGUCGCUGAACAUCACCAAGUUGGACAUAUACGAGACCUUCCACGCAGGAGGAGUGAAGGUAGUAUCUGCCUGGAACCCGUCCACGUCCAGCUGGGAUGUGUUGUGGCAGGUGUCUACCGUCUCUGUCCUCGCCGCCAGCAGGAUCUUCUCCCCUCCAAUACAGACACCAACUUACAAGACUGAUCAACUGCGGAUCGAGGUCGACUGCGGCCCUGCACAGCACUGGGUUGAACUGGAUGCAGUGGAGGUCACCGGAUAUGCGUAG